AUGGCCAAUUCCACUGAACGUCCUCCUUUCGAUGCAGAGUUCGACACACUUGUCGCACAAAGCUUAGAAGAAUGGAAAGUUCCAGGAUUAUCUAUAUGUGUAGUCCACGGACCUCAUACCCACUCAAAGGCCUACGGGUUUGCAGAACUCCCAGAUAAAUUGAUGACCACAGAUGCAAGCUUUCAAGUCGGAAGCCUAACCAAACCCUUAACGGCUGCUUCCAUGUCCAUGUUGAUUGACGAUAGCAAAGGAACAGAUUCCCCCAUCGACUGGGAUACUCCUCUAUCAUCUAUCAUUCCCGAUGACUUCGUAUUAUCAGAUGACUAUGCAACCCAGCACAUCACUAUCGAAGAUGCUCUCUCUCUCCGCUCCGGCUUACCAGACCACCUCUGGAAAUACAUCCUAGGGCCCCGAGAUGGAACCGUCAAAGAUCACGUCCGAAGUCUCAGACACAUGCCCAUCACAGCUCCACCUCGAACGAAGUUCCAAUACUCAAGCCACAUGUAUGUUGCCGUCACGCACGCGUUACAAGAACGCACAGGCGAAACACUUGGCUCGUUCAUGAAGAGGCGGGUCUGGGAUCCUCUUGGGAUGAACAAAACCUAUUUCUCUGUUUCAGAGGCUGAAGCGGAUUCUACAAACCGGGAAAAGAUCGUGAAGGGGUAUAUAUGCGUCCCGGGUCAGGAUCUGCCAAGUGGAAGUGGCCAGUAUUUCCUGGCGAGUCCACCGAACUUCGAGGCGAUGACAGGAGCCGGUGCGAUGGUUAGCAAUGUUCUUGACUAUUCGCACUGGAUACGCGAGUUGAUUGAACGGAACGGCCCUCUUAGGGAUCAUGACUCUUUGACUAAGCCGAGAAUAAUCCAUUUUAAUUCCGGUGACACCAGUCUACCCGGGCCAUAUCAUGGAUAUGCUUUAGGGUGGGUGGUGGAGAAUUACCGUGGCGAGACUGUAUAUACCCAUUCCGGUGGUAUGCCUGGUUUUGCGAGUUUAGUCUUCUUUGUUCCUGAGAGACACUUCGGCUUCGUGAUGAUGGGUAACUCUGGUACAGCGGCACACGCUUCGAUGACACUAGCAAUCCAUUUAUUGGACAGGUUACAAGGACCUUCAGUGGACUCACGUCAUCAACAGAAGAUGAAGACUUAUUUUGGACAACUGGCUGGAGAGAGAAGUAUGCGGAUGUCUCCAAAACCAGAUGUAUCGGUUUUGAAACCUUUUAUUAUGCCUAUGCUACCUGAUCCACCACUGCCAUAUGUUCUGCCAUUGGAAAAGUAUCAGGGUACAUACUGUCAUCCUGCGGAUGCUUCUUUUACAAUAACUCUUGAUGAUGAUAUUCUGGUAGCUCAUAUACCUCAUAGCUCGGUUGAGACUCAGAUUGUCUUGACACACGCUAGUGGUGAGUUCUUUCUGGGGAAGCUGACUGCUCCGGCACUGAGUGAUCUGCCGCCUUUGCCGAUGGAGUUCUAUGUCGAUCACUCGGGGACAGUGAGCAAGGUAGGCUUGACUGUGGAGCCUUCUAUGGGAGGUGAUUGUAUAUGGUUUAAUAGGAAGGAGUCGUAA